AUGCGGCAGCCGGUCCAGAGGCUCUGUGCAGACGCAGACACCCUCUACUAUGCAUCAGGCAGCAUCAUCAAGUCUUACUCUCCCGCAGACGGCAGCUCAAGGGAGAUCUGGCGCGGAGGGCUCUUGACAGACACAGACAAGCUCAAGUCAUUCUCAAGUCGCGCCAUCAUUGCGCUCGCUGUGCAGAAUGGUGUGCUUGCCUCUGUAGGAGAAGACAAGAUGCUACGCGUAUUUGACCUGAAGAGCGGGAAGCUUGAAUCUGAAAGGGAAACAACGAAACGACCGAGUUGUGUGAUUUUCGCCGAUGACCGGGAUGUCUUGGUCGCAGACAAGUUUGGCGAUGUCUACUCGUUCCCUAUACAUGGCCAGAGCUCAUCGUUCGAGCCGAGGGUCACAAAUUUGCCAAAGACCAAGGAACAGCGCAAAGCAGAUAAAAAGGCGAGACGCGAACAGAAAGACCAAGAAACUAAGGAAGAGGAAGGAGACAAGGCAGACGACAAGGAGGAUGAGGAAGAGCCCGUCAAGGAUAGCGCUGGCCAAUUACACCUGCCCAUCCUUGGACAUGUCUCCAUCCUGACAGACAUGCUUGUUUCAGAUGGACGGAUCAUCACGGCCGACAGGGACGAGCACAUUCGUGUCUCGCAGUACUCCAAGGCUUACAUCGUCGACAAUUUCCUUCUUGCGCAUGAAGCGUUCGUGACAUCGUUGCUUCUUGUCGGCGACGUUCUCAUCUCUGGCGGUGGCGAUGACUUCCUGGCAGUCUGGGACUGGCGGCAAGGAAAGCUUCUUGGUCAAAUUUCACUAGAAGAGCCUAUGGCCAUGGCGAAAUGCGAGGUCCCUACAGUCGCCAAACUCGAACAUGGCGAAGAUUCCCUGUUCAUGCAGCUUGAAGGUAUUGCGGGUAUCUUUGUGCUUGCCCUGGCGACUGACGUCCUCGGCAGCUCCGGUUGGCGACGCGUCGGCAGCGACGUCUACCUUGACUUCGCUGUUAGCAGAAGUACCCUGUACUGCUCACGUGUCGAGGGUCCUCCACUCGAAGCAUGGCAGAUUGAUGGCACAAUCCACAGUGUCGAAUCUCUCAACCAAGCUGCAGACAUGCAGGUCGAAUCGAUUGACUUCAACAUACCUGUGCGAUCCGACAUGAGGAAAAGAACGUUUGACGAGAAGCGGAGAACAGAGGACGAGGCUGUCAAGGACAGCAAGCGUAGAUCCGAUGAAGACCUCACUGGGGAUGAUAAACGUGUCAAAUGA